GCUCGGCGAUUCCACAAAAAGAAACGCCUCUUUCCUCCCAAGAAGGAGCAGAGGACUGGAACUCACCUCUCUCUCUCUCUCUCUCUCUCUCUCGGUUCAUAGAGAGCAUAAAACCUAGAUUCUAGUUUCUUCGCUUGAUCCACCGAUUUUGAUUUUGAGAUGGCUGGUGAGCAAGUGGAGAAUCGAGGAGUCAAAUACAAGAGCUCUAUCAAAGAUCCAGGAACUCCUGGAUUUCUCAGAAUUAACGAAGUGAUGUUGCUCUUCGUCCCUAACGAUCCCAAAUCAGAUUCAAAGCUCAAAGUGCAGACUAAAAACAUCAAAAGUCAUAAAAAUACCAAAGAAGCAUCUAAUAAACCUCCUUGGCUCCAUCUCACUACCUACCAGGGACGGAAUCAUAUCUUUGAGUUUGAAAAUUAUCCCGACAUGCAUACUUGCCGUGAUUUCGUCGCGGCCCUUGAUAAAAAUGACGAGGAACCUAAGAAAGCAGCUGUCUCGACAUCUACCGAGCAACUCAGUAUUAAAGAAUUGGAGCUACGCUUCAAGCUUCUUAAAGAAAACAGUGAGCUGCAGAGAUUGCAUAAGCAAUUCGUGGAAAGUAAAGUCCUGACGGAAGAUGAAUUCUGGGCUACAAGGAAGAAAUUACUUGGUAAAGAUUCCAUCCGAAAGUCAAAGCAGCAGCUCGGGCUUAAGAGCAUGAUGGUUUCUGGCAUCAAACCAUCUACUGAUGGACGGACUAAUAGAGUGACGUUUAACUUGACACCUGAGAUCAUUUUUCAGAUUUUUGCUGAGAAGCCGGCUGUACGGCAGGCAUUCAUAAAUUAUGUUCCCAGUAAGAUGACAGAAAAAGACUUCUGGACAAAAUAUUUUAGAGCAGAAUAUCUUUACAGCACCAAAAAUACAGCAGUAGCUGCAGCAGAAGCUGCUGAGGACGAGGAACUCGCUGUAUUUCUAAAGCCUGAUGAGAUCUUGGCUCGGGAAACUCGUCAAAAGAUUAGACGGGUUGAUCCAACUCUUGACAUGGAGGCUGACGAGGGAGACGACUACAGUCAUCUUAUGGACCACGGAAUCCAGCGUGAUGGCACCAUGGAUGUUGUUGAACCACAGAAUGACCAGUUUAAACGAUCACUUUUGCAAGAUCUUAAUCGUCAUGCUGCUGUUGUAUUGGAAGGCAGAAGCAUUGAUGUUGAUUCAGAAGAUACGAGGAUUGUUGCAGAGGCUCUCACACGGGUUAAACAAGUAAGCAAAGCUGAUGGGGAGACCACCAAGGACGCUAAUCAGGAGAGAUUGGAAAGAAUGUCCCGGGUAGCAGGAAUGGAAGAUCUUCAAGCACCACAAAACUUCCCGUUAGCCCCGCUUUCUAUCAAGGAUCCUCGUGAUUACUUUGAAUCUCAACAAGGAAACAUCGUCAAUGUACCCAGAGGAGCAAAGGGAUUAAAGAGAAAUGUCCAUGAAGCUUAUGGAUUACUAAAAGAAUCCAUUGUGGAGAUUAGAGCUACAGGAUUAAGUGAUCCGUUGAUUAAGCCUGAAGUUUCCUUCGAGGUUUUCAGUUCGUUAACCCGAACUAUCUCAACUGCCAAAAAUAUAAUUGGAAAGAACCCACGAGAGAGCUUUCUAGACAGAUUACCAAAGUCUACUAAGGAUGAAGUUCUACACCAUUGGACAUCGAUACAAGAAUUACUAAGACAUUUUUGGUCAUCUUAUCCGAUAACGACCCCAUAUCUUCAUACCAAGGUUGGUAAGCUGAAGGAUGCAAUGUCCAAUACUUAUUCAAAACUCGAUGCAAUGAAAGAGUCAGUGCAAUCUGAUCUCCGGCAUCAGGUUUCUUUACUGGUUCGUCCAAUGCAACAGGCUCUUGAUGCUGCGUUCCAACACUACGAAGCAGAUCUGCAGAGAAGAACAGCUAAGAGUAGCGGCGGCGAAAGACCAAAUGGGUACGUAUAGAAGACAAAAACAUAAAAACCUCUGCAAGAUCUUUUGAAUUUUUUCAUUUAGUUGGUGUUUUUGAGAUUUGUCAUUUGUCUCUUUUUGUCCGACCAUUGAGAAUUUGAGAUGCCAAAAAAAAAAAAAAUAAUAAUCGUUCAUAUAUAUAUAGAAGUUUUUUCGUUUUCUUUUUGUCUUUCUCGUUGGUGUCAAUGAGGCGGUUUGUACUGGGAGAGAAGAAAGAGAUUUUUUCGACAGAAUCCUCGAUUUUAAUUUACCAACUGAACAUUUAAUUUUGUAAUGUGA